AUGGGCCAGCAAGGCUCCCAGCUCCUCUCGGAGAUUGAGCAAAAUUCCAACUUCUCGUCAAAGGAGAUCCAGCGCCUCAAGAAGCGCUUCAUGAAGCUCGACCGCGACGGCUCCGGCUCCAUCGACAAGGACGAAUUCCUCCAGAUCCCCGCAAUCGCAAACAACCCAUUAGCCCUCCGCAUGAUUGCCAUCUUUGACGAAGACGGCGGCGGAACCGUCGACUUUCAGGAGUUUGUCGCCGGCCUCAGCGCCUUUAGCAACCAGGGCAGCCGCGAGGAAAAGCUGCGCUUCGCGUUCAAGGUCUACGACAUGGAUCGCGACGGCCUCAUCUCCAACGGCGAGCUCUUCCUUGUCCUCAAGAUGAUGGUUGGCAACAAUCUCAAAGACCAGCAGCUCCAGCAGAUUGUCGACAAGACCAUCAUGGAGGCCGACAAGAACGGCGACGGCAAGCUCGACUUUGAAGAGUUCCAGGAGAUGGUCGCCAACACCGACGUCGCAAAGCAGCUCACCCUCGAGGACCUCUUCUAA